AUGGAAAAUCUAACAUCACUGAGUAUUAGCCGAAAUCAAAUAGGAAAUGAAGGAGCUGCACUUUUAAGUCAAUUGACAAAGCUGAAAAAGCUUGAUGUUGGAACAAGUCAUAUUGGCAAUCAAGGUGCCAAGUCAAUCAGUCAAAUGAGUCAAUUGACCUAUCUUGACAUUUGUAAAAAUCCAUUGGGUAUCGAAGGUGUUGAAUCAAUAAGCACAAAUUUGAAAAAUUUAACAUUCCUUAACAUGAGCUAUAAUAAUAUCAAUACAGCUGGAGCCAAAUUAAUUAGUCAAUUGGAGAAUUUAACAGAACUCAAUGUUGGAUGCAAUGAAAUACAUAAUGAUGGAAUCGAUUCUAUAUGUAAACUCAAAUUAUUGACCUCUUUGGACAUUCAAUCAAACACAUUCCAUGCCAGCUCUGUGAAAUGCUUAGGUGAGCUGCAAAAUUUAAGAUUGUUAAAUAUUGGAUACAAUCAUGUAACUCCAGAUUUGGCAAAAUGUAUUGGAGAAUUGAAAGAAUUGACCUAUCUCAAUAUUCGAUUCAAUUAUGUUGGAGAUGAGGGGAUGAAAGAGAUAAGUAAAUUGAAGAAAUUAACAUUCCUAGAUGUGGCCCAAAAUGGAUUGAGCUCAGAAGGUGCACUUUCUGUCAGUAAAUUGAAAUCAUUGUCAAGUUUGUGUAUUACAAAUAAUGACAUUGACAUUAUUGGAGAAAAUUAUAUUAAAGGAAUGAAAAACCAAUUGAAAGUUUGUGGAAUGGGUGGAAUAUCACUUGAUAGAAUUUAA